AUGACUAGUGCACCAGAAAUGACUCGGUACACCAACUUUGGAUACAAGCGUAAAUAUCUCGAGGCUGGUUUUGACAAUGACGAGGCCCAGGCUGACGGCGAUCAGUUGAGAGAAGAAAGUACUGUUGCACAGGCAUCGGAGACUACAGCGACUACAGACCCUCCCAAGAAGAAACGGAAGCGUAACCGCAAGGCAAAGACUGACAAUUCUGACCCUCAAGGCGCCCAGUCCGGGGAGACUGAAAACGACGGCAAGGAGGGCAAAGGCCAGAACCGAGAGAAUCAAAUUGAGGGGCAUAGUGAACCGUCAAGCACGGAGGAGAAGCCUUCAAAUUUGGAUAAGAAGAAGCGGAAAAAGGAAGAAAGGCAACGACAGAAAGCUGAGGCCAAGGCUCGCUCAGAGCGGAGGCGGUUAAAACGCAUUGCUGAACGACACGCCAAUACUACCUGUCUAGCAUGUCGAGAGAAAGGUCAUGUGGCGAAGGAUUGCCCUAAGGCUAAGCGUGGGUCGAAUAUUGACGGCCAGGAUGGGAGCAAAACGUCCCACCAGAAGAGUGUUGUCGGUAUUUGUUACAGGUGUGGAUCGAGACGACAUAAUCUCUCUCGGUGUAAGAAGGCGGUAGACCCGGCAAACCCCCUGCCAUUUGCUUCUUGCUUCGUUUGCUCUGGUACCGGCCACCUCGCCUCUGCAUGUCCUCAGAACAAAGAAAAGGGCAUAUACCCAAACGGGGGCAAUUGCAAGCUGUGCGGAGAGACGACGCAUCUAGCGAAGACCUGUCCGCUCAGGAAAGACGACUCUACCAAGAACAUCAGCGCCUCUUUCGUGGGCACUGGCGGCGAAGCUGGUGCGGAUGAGGACGAUUUUCACAUAUUCAAACGCCGAAAAGCCGAAGUAGAGAUGGAGGAAAAGCAGCUCGAGCGCGCGAAGCGCAUGGCGAAUGUCAAGGCUGGCGUGCACUCCGGUGUCGUCAAGGCCUUUGGCAGGCCGGCGCAAGCUGGUGGGAACGCAAAGAAAGUGGUGUUCUUUAAAUAG